AUGAGCACAAUCCAGAAUCUCAAGAACUUCAUACGUCAUGGCAAGCAGGCCAGAGUCGCAGAUCCUCCCCGAGAUCAACCGACGACCAAUGUUUCGCCUGUACAUGCGCAGCAGCAGAAGUAUCAUCAUGGUAUCAGCGAACCUGCCGUCACCCAUCGACAACAGCAGCACAACGUCCCGCCUUAUCACGGCGAGUAUUCCGCAGCUGCCGUCGACAAUCGCAAUGUAGCGGCCCAGGCCGGCGCUGCCGCAGCCAACGUCACAGGCAAACACCAAAAGAUUCACGCCGAUAUUGAAGCCCUUGUCGCUGAAGAGAGAGAACAGGCCAGCAAAAUGCCCAAAUAUCCCGGCUUAGAAAGAUACAUCCUGUUGGAGAAGAUGGGCGAUGGAGCGUUCAGCAAUGUCUACAAGGCCCGAGAUACCCAGACUGGUGACAACGUUGCCAUCAAAGUUGUCCGCAAGUUUGAAAUGAACUCGAAUCAGCGAGCCAAUAUUCUUAAGGAGGUUCAAAUCAUGCGCCAGUUGGAUCACCCCAAUAUUGUCAAACUCAUUGACUUCUCCGAGUCACGGCAAUAUUACUAUAUUGUCCUUGAACUCUGCCCUGGUGGAGAACUGUUCCAUCAAAUUGUUCGCUUGACGUACUUCAGUGAAGAUCUCAGCCGCCACGUCAUUACCCAAGUUGCCAAAGCACUACGCUACCUGCAUGAAGAAUGUGGCGUCGUCCAUCGCGACAUCAAGCCAGAGAACCUCCUUUUCUAUCCCAUUCCAUUCAUCCCCACCCGCAACCCCAAACCGAAGGGACCAGACGAAGAAGAUAAAGCUGAUGAAGGAGAAUUUAUCCCCGGUGUCGGUUCUGGCGGCAUCGGCCAAAUCAAAAUCGCCGACUUUGGCCUUUCCAAGGUGAUUUGGGAUUCGCAGACAAUGACGCCGUGCGGGACUGUUGGGUACACAGCUCCCGAAAUUGUCAAGGACGAAAGAUACAGCAAAUCCGUCGAUAUGUGGGCUCUGGGCUGUGUUCUCUACACGCUGCUCUGUGGAUUCCCUCCUUUCUACGACGAGUCCAUACAGGUUUUGACGGAAAAGGUCGCUCGCGGCCAGUACACCUUCCUCUCGCCGUGGUGGGACGAUAUCUCGAAAUCUGCCCAAGAUCUGGUCUCACACUUACUGACUGUCAAUCCCGAAAAACGAUACACCAUCGACGAAUUUUUGGCACACCCUUGGAUCCGCAACGUCUCCGAACCCACCUAUGCCGCCUCAGAUGCUCCUCCUUUGGCUACCCCGCUGGCCGUGAGGCAAAAGCAGUGGGGCCAGGCAGGCAAUCUUCCUGCGGAUGUGUAUUCGCUAGGUACGCCAGGCACUCCCGGAAAACGGGCGGAUUUCCGAUCUCCCGGUACUCUCAAUCUGCGUGAGGUCUUUGACGUCGGCUACGCUGUCCACCGACAAGAAGAGGAAGCCAAGCGAAGGAAGAACUUCAAACAAGGUUACCGAGGCGCGGGUAUACCUGGCGGUCUCAACCCGUUGAACGAAGACGACGAUAUGGAAGAAGAGGAGUACGAGGAGGAGGUGUCGAGUAAAGUCCCCAAAGCGCAACAACCAUCCGAUGUAUCGAGUAUGGAAACCAAGAUGCGCCAGACCAACUUGGGCCCGCAGCCGUCAUCAGCUGCACAAGCGCGGGCAUCAGCAGCGCCUGCUCGAAGUCAACACCACAAUCAACAGCAAGAAAAAGGUUACGGUCAGCAUAGUGCCGCUGUUGCAGCGGCAGCCCGACAGAGUGUCGGACGGCGAAACAAGCAACCGUUUGAGCUCAGCCUGGAUAAUUCGACGCUCUUGGGACGGAGGAACAAGGUGGGCGGAAAUCCUCAAGUCCAGCCUUCGAAGUUGAGGGAAGAACUUAGCGUUCGGUGA